AUGACAUCCGCCAACGCCAAUCUCACGCCCACGGGUCCCAUCACGACGCCGCUGACCACUCUCUUGGGGAUCCAGCACCCCAUCGUGCUGGCGGGGAUGGCUCGCACAUCCGGCGCGGCGCUCGCAGCCGCUGUCUCCAACGCAGGCGGCCUCGGCGUGAUUGGCGGUUUCAUGUACACGCCAGACCAACUGCGGUCGAUUGUCAAAGAGAUGAAGUCCUUGCUCAAGAGUCCGGACCUGCCCUUUGGCGUCGACCUCGCGCUCCCGCAGAUCGGCGGCAACGCCCGCAGGACGAACCACGACUACACAUCAGGAAAGUUGGACGAGCUGAUCGACAUCACCAUUGAGAGCGGCGCCAGGUUGUUCAUCAGCGCCGUCGGCGUCCCGCCCAAGUACGUCAUUGAUCGUCUACACAGUCACGGCAUCCUGAUCAUGAACAUGGUCGGGCAUCCGAAGCACGCGGUCAAAGCUCUGGAUCUAGGGGUGGACAUGGUGUGUCCGCAGGGCGGCGAGGGCGGCGGGCAUACGGGCGAUAUCGCGAACAGCGUGCUGAUCCCGGCCGUGGUGGACGUGGCGAGGCGGUACAAGCCCGCGGCGCUCAAGGGCAGCCCAGCGCUGGUCGUCGCCGCGGGUGGCAUCUAUAACGGACGCGGCCUAGCUUCGAGUCUGAUGCAAGGCGCGGCGGGCGUUUGGGUGGGCACGCGGUUUGUGGCCUCAGUGGAGGCCGGAUGCUCUGAGGAGCACAAGAAGGCAGUGGUCCAGUGCAAGUUCGAGGAGACGGACAGGACGCUCGUGCUGUCGGGUCGCCCACUGAGGAUGCGCGUCAAUGAUUAUAUCGCCAAGUGGCAUGCGCAGCCUGCCAAGGUCAAAGAGCUCUGCGAUCAGGGCAUCGUGCCUAUAGAAUGGGACUUUGAUCAGGGCAACGAUGUCGACCCGCCACACUUGAUGGGUCAGGUUGCUGGCGCCAUCACCAAGAUACAGCCCGCUAGCGAGAUUGUGCAGGAGAUGGUGCAGGAGGCUGUCGAGAUGCUCAAGAUUGGUCGGGGUUACUUGACGCCGGAGGGGAAGAGUAGGCUUUAA